AUGGCCGAAGGACCAAUUACAAAAUUUACCCUCCGCGUUCCUGGUUCUGGAAGUUGUCCUGAGAUUGCUGACUUGAUUUAUUUCCUCUCUCAAAAUGGCGUUCAACAUCUUGUUCUUAGACUACCAUCUAAGCAUAAUCCCUACAACUUGCCUUCUUCAUUUUUCACAUGUUUGCAGUUGAGGCAUCUGACUCUCAAAAAUUGUUUAAUAAUUCCUACACCAGCUUUCAAAGGAUUUGAUAGGUUAAUCAGCCUAGAACUAUGUGAUGUUAAAAUUUCUUCCAAGUUGCUUGAAUGUUUUAUCUCUCAUUGCUUGUUGCUCGAGCAGUUAGUGCUGAAGAUCUCAGGUGUUUUAAUCGACGAUAUUGAAAUAAGUGCUCCUAUGCUUAGAUCAUUUGACUAUACAUGCAAUAUAAGAUUUGUCUAUUUAAAAAAUGUCCCUCGUCUGGCUAACCUUUCACUUAAGGAUGGCGGGUAUUUUCAUCGGGCAGGAACAUUUACUCUUGCCAAAUUUUUUGAGUCUUUUUUUGCUCUUGAACAUCUCCACUUGGAUAACGAUAGUGUCAAGUUCUUUGCUGGAGUAGGUGGAGCUGUAUUAAAAAGGCUUCUCUUUGAUCUUAACUGUGUCAGAUGUCUUUACCUAUCUGAUUUUUGUUUGGGUGAAUUGGAGGUCACCUUGUGUGCUCUUUUCUUGAUUAGAAGCUUCCCAUGUUUGCAAUAUAUGGAAAUUGAGGUGGAUGAUGGCGACAAUAAUAUUCCAGCUCUAGAAUGUCUUGAAGCCAGCUCUAGAAUGUCUUGA